UCCGCCGCGCGAACGCGAGCAGGAGCAGCCUCUCGUCGCCGACGUGGACUCACCCGACGCCGCGAGCCGAGAGCGCGAGAGCGCGAGAGGCGAGAGCAGCAACCACCGCCGAUGUGGCGGGCGAGGCGGUGGCCGUGGCCGUGGCGGUCGCAGCGGCGCGCGGCGAGGAUGCUCUCGUCGGGUGAGCCAGCGGCGGGGCGGCGGAGGGUGGCGGCGCUGUGGGGGAACGGGGACUACGGGCGGCUGGGGAUGGGGGCGCUGGAGUCGCGGUGGAGCCCCACGGCGUGCCCCUUCUUCCUCACCGGCCGCCCCGGCGACGACGACGACGACCCGCCCGCCUCCCUCGCCUGCGGCGGCGCCCACACCCUCUUCCUCACCGAGAGCGGGCGCGUGUUCGCCGCGGGUCUCAACGACUUCGGGCAGCUCGGGAUAGGCUCCUCCGUGACUCAUUCCCUGGAGCCUAUUGAAGUUUCUGGCUUUGAUGAGAAAGUUGUGGAAGUUUCAGCUGGCAACCAUCAUUCUUGUGCAGUAACUGCGGAUGGCAAGCUCUUCGCUUGGGGCAGAAAUUCAAGUGGCCAGCUUGGUCUUGGCAAAAGGGCAGGAAAAGUAGUUUCUACCCCAAGAAAGGUGGACUGCUUGGCUGACGCUAGAGUGAAAAUGGUUGCUUUGGGGUCGGAGCAUUCAAUUGCUACUACCGAGGAGGGUGAAGUCUUGAGCUGGGGAGCUGCUGGUGCUGGCAGGCUUGGACAUGGACAUAAAACUAGCAUACUGGGAUUCUCUAUAACUACAAGUGAAUAUACUCCAAGGUUGAUCAAGAAUCUUGAUGGUGUCAAGAUUAAAAGGAUAGCUGCGGGAAUGCUGCACUCAGCUUGUAUCGAUGAAAAAGGUACAUUGUUCAUAUUCGGGCAGAAGACUGAGAAGGGAUUUGGAAGAUCAGGUGAUGAACUUAGACCAACUGUUGUUGAGGAGGUACCAUUUUCUGAAGAGGUUGCUUGCGGAGGUUAUCAUACUUGUGUUGUGACAGAUAGUGGAGAUUUGUACUCUUGGGGUUCAAAUGAAAAUGGCUGCCUUGGUCUUGGUGGUACAGACAUGGUUCGCUCUCCGGAGGUUCUGAAGAGUUCUUUAUUUAAGUUUCCUGUAUCUAAGGUAUCAUGUGGUUGGAAGCACACCGCUGUAAUUUCAGGUGGAGAUAUUUACACGUGGGGCUGGGGAGGUGCUAACGGUACUUUUUUCGAAGAGGGCCAUUCUUCUGGUGGACAGUUAGGACACGGAAACGAUGUUGAUUACUUUGAACCUAUGAUGGUGGAAUUCGGCAAGAAUGCAAGGGCCGUCCAUGUGUCAUGUGGUUUCAAUCAUACUGGUGCAAUAUUUGAAUACAGCGAGAACUGAAUUUUUACAUCACAGCAGGACCCCAUCCAAAGCAUGCUUAUUACCAAGUUAUAAGUGCACAUACAAGAGAAAGGAAGAUAGGAUAAAGUUUUGCUCUUUAAUUCGAGUGUAUAAAAAGAAAAAUAAAUUAAACUGAUUACACCCCUCGCAUAGGGUGGGGGUGGGGGGUCUAAAUUAAGAUAAACAGAACAAGAGGCAAUCUGGAUGCAUUUGUUGUAUGUAUCAGAAUUACAGGUUAGUAGAACUGUAUAUUGUUCUUUCAUUAUUUUUCUUUUAAUCCAUAUGUAUAAUCUUCACGACCAAUAAUAACAACUCUGAUGCUUCAAACCGUCUAUGCUGUACAUGAUAUGGCUAAUUUGUUUUUCAUUUAGCAAUGUUGCAAAUGUCUUUCAUACA